AUGAAAGGACUUCACCUACUCCUCCCACUUGCCUCUACGGCUCUAUCCUGGUCUUCCACUGGGCGUGAUGGUGCUCACAGCUACCCAAAAAUAACAUGGACCCUCCCCUGUGCGAAUGGACUUGAUGUGGAAUGUGGCUUUCUCUCCGUCCCGAUUGACCACGACCACCCCCACCAAGGGUCCUUCAAUCUCGCCGUCUUCCGCCUCAAGACCAACCGCACAGACUCAGCUGGGAGUCUGUUCUACAACACGGGCGGCCCAGGUGGAUCAGCAAGCGCCUGGUUCCGGGCCAUGAAGAAUGGCGGUCAGCUCUGGAGCGAGAACUUGCUGGCUAACUACGACAUCAUCGGUGUCGACCCACGCGGCAUGGGUUACAGCAACCCCGUCGUGUGCGACCCAGAGCUCUUCAACACGAAACCGCAGCUGCUGGAUGCAGGCGACGGUGGCGGCUUCGCCCAGGCUCUGGCCUUCAACAAGGCUUUCGGCAAGAGCUGUCUUGACAGGACUGGCGCACUCGUCGAGUUCAUGGACUCGGUAUCGACGAUCAAAGACUUCGAGCUCGUACGCCAGGCCCUGGGCUCGAACAAAUUCCAUUAUUACGGCAUGUCCUAUGGCACCGUCCUGGGCCAGACCUACGCCGAGACCUACCCGGACAAGGUGGGGAGGAUGAUAUUGGACGGGGCCGUCGACCGUCGUUCCGUCGGGAUCGACACUGUCAUGACGGAAGCUGUCACGUAUCAAGCUUCGAUGCAGAAUUUCUUCGACUGGUGUGAGACCGACCCCAGCUGCUCGCUGCAUGCCCAAGGUGUGCGAAGCAUCUUUUCCAACCUCACGGCCAAAGGGAGCGUAUUACCGGCCAGCUGUCCUACCGCCGCGCCCUGCCGCCCGCAGGUGACGGGCGAAGACAUUAUCCUUACCUUCCAGCAAGCGCUGGUCACUCGGGAUCCCCUCCCCGCUCUCGGGCUUCCCGGUUGGGUUCUACUGUCCGAGGUGCUGGCGCAGGCAGCCCUAGGCAACGCCACGUUCCUAUCCACGCCACUGGCGCGGGCCAACCGCUCGGCCGAUACGGCGCGCUACUCUUACUAUGCCGUAGCGUGUCAGGACUACGGGACAACGCUCAAGACAGCAGCGGACGUGAGGCGCGUGCUGAACGUGGGCGCGAGCCUGACGCCGUGGAACAAGGGUCUCUGCGAGUUUCUCGACAUCGCAAUCACCUGCAUCGGAUGGCCGACGAAGCUGACGAACCCACCCCGGGCGUUAAAUCCGGUCCGCAUGGCCAAGGUGCCGCCGAUGCUGAUUGUCAACGCCUUUUUCGACCCGGAGACCAGCGCCAUGUGGGCUUCAGGGCUUCGCGAACAAAUCCCCAACGCCGUCAAUCUGUGGCGGAACGGGACAGGGCAUACCAGCUACUUUCUCCACGGCGACACGAGCAAGGCCAUAGAGGACUUCCUGAUUGAUGGGACGAUGCCCGCGGACAACACUGUUUUGCAGUCGUAA